GAGUGAUGAAGAUGAAGCAGAGGGAAGAUAGGAAUGUCGAGAGAGGAUUUCAGGGCAAUAAACGCAAGAGGGGCAAUGCGACUGAUGACUUGGCGGUGAAAGUGAAGAAGGAUGCUGCAGAUACUUCCAAGGAGCUUGUGUUUGGUAAUGUUAUACUUCAAGAUGAAGAAAUACAAGGGAAGAAGAAGAUAAAAGUUUCGAAGUUCAAGGAACUUGAAAGGGCUAAGAAGUUGGAGGAAUUGAAGAAGAAAGAUCCUGAGAAGGGUGAAGCUUUUGCUAGAAAGCAAUCAUGGGAAGCAGCAUUGAAUAGAGCUUCAGGGAUUAAGGUCCAUGAUGAUCCCAAACUUGUACAGAAAAGCAUGAAGAAGGAGCAGAAGAGACGGGAGAAAAAUGCAGAGAAAUGGAAGGAGAGAGUUCAAACAAGGGACCAGUUGAAGGCAGGGAAGCAGCAGAAAAGGUCAGAAAAUAUAGCUGAGAGGAUUCAGCAGAAGAAAAUGCGAAAAAUUGCAAAGAGAGAGAAAAAGCUAUUACGGCCUGGCUUUGAAGGUGGCAAGGAAGGUUUUAUGAAUAAUGGCACUGCCUAACAUAUGGCUUUGAAGUUUACUGAUUUUUGCCUUUUCUUUGCAUUAUCAAGAUAUUGCUUACAUAGAAUUGGAGUGUUUCCAAGUGUUUAGAGAAUGCAAUUCCAAGUGCAAAUACAGCACUCAAUCUUCUUGCCUUGUCUAGAUUUCUUAAUACUUUUAAAAACCUCAUGUUAUAUAUU